AUGUCUACGCAUCAGCACUCGGCCUUUGCUUCCGCUCAGUACAUUUCGCCCGACCCCAUCUUUGAAGUCACCAAGCGCUUCAAUGCCGAUCAAGACCCCCAGAAAGUGAAUCUCGGUCAAGGUACAUACCGAGACGAGAGUGCUAAGCCUUGGGUCCUACCUUCUGUGAGAGAAGCUGAGAAGUUGAUUGCGAAUUCUGGACACGAGUAUUUGCCUAUUGAGGGCCUGCAGAGCUUUCGCGAUGCGGCAAGUAAGUUGCUGUUUCACGACACCACAGCCUAUAAAGAAGACAGAAUCGCCACCUGCCAAUCUAUAUCAGGAACUGGGUCGUUGCUCCUGGCAGGCCUUGUUCUCAAAAAGGCAAACUCGGGCAUUGAGAACAUCAUAAUUACGGACCCAACUUGGUCUAACCACGAUUUGCUAUUCCAUGAGAUUGGCUUCAACGUUAUCAAGGCACCUUACUACAAAGACCGAUCCUUUGACUUCAAAGGUUAUCUUGAUACUAUCAAGGCAGCUGACAAGCGUUCGGCUGUUGUUCUUCACGCAUGUGCUCAUAAUCCGACCGGCUGUGACCCCACACGCGAUCAGUGGAAACAGAUUGCAGAAGUGAUCAAAGAAAAUGGGAUAUUUCCAAUCAUCGACUCAGCAUACCUUGGCUUCAACUCGGGGAACUAUGACGAAGAUGCCUGGGCUGUCAAGUACAUCAUCGAAGAGCUGGGUCUUGAGGCAGCCAUAUGUUUGUCAUUUGCAAAGAACAUGGGUCUAUACGGCGAGCGCGUCGGCUUGACCGCAAUUGUCACAAAGUCAGAGGAGACAAAAAAAGCAGUGUUCUCACUACUCCAGCAGUCUCAGCGACAAACCGUGUCUAACCCACCUGUACAUGGUGCUCGGAUUGCCGCGGCUGUCCUCAGCAACCCCGACACAUUGAAGCAAUGGCAUCAGGAUCUAGUGACCAUGUCCUCACGGAUCAAGUCGAUGAGAAGUAAGCUUUUCGACGAAUUGAAGUAUCAUAUCUACAUGGCGGAUACUUCAAGGAUUAGUCUGGCGGGUUUGAACGAACACAAUGUUGAGUAUGUGGCAAAGUCUAUGGACGAAGUGGUCCGUACUGUAACGUAG